CUUGACCCUCAAUCCCAGAUACCAUUCUCCAGAUCUAUUUUCAAGUUUUCUAGCUUUUGAAAUCAGGGGUAGGGCGGAUUUCAAUAGCGAUGCCCCUAUGCGCCUGAUCGACCGUUCAUUCCUUGGCCGCCAUGUCGGACUCCCACUCCCACUCCAGGUCGGUUCUGGCACGCUACCGACCGCUCAUCUAUCUCCUCUCCGGAGUAGCAGCAGCCUACGCGAUCGUUUACAUACGGCAGCACCUUCUCCACCCAGCAGGUCCUGGCGCUUCUUCUUCCCCAGGUGCCUCACGCCUUCAUCGCCGCCGCGCCAUUCGCCGCCAGCGACGCAACAACAGCAACAGCAACAACAACAAUAAUGACCUCCCCGAAGAGUCCUUCUUCUCCGCUGCAGACACACCCUCAUCGCGCGCCAUCGCACACCUUGAACAACUGGAGCGUCACAACGGUGUCUACGGGACUUUCCGCAUCGAGACCGAGGAUGGUCGGCGUGUAGAAAGCGGUCUUCUUCCCUCGCUUCUAGCGACUCGAGACCAGCUCAUGGAGCAGGUUGGAGUACCCCAGGCCCAUGCGGAGCGGAUGCGGGAGAUGAUGGAAGAUACUUUUCUAGAAUCUUUUCUCGCCCUGGAUUUCCCUUCCAGUCAUCGCCUGGACGAAGGCAGUCCCGAGCGCGAGUAUUUGAUUGCGCAGCUUCAGCGGCGUGGGAUCUCGCGCGCGGGCAUUGAGCGGGCGCUCGUUCGAUUCAAUGCAGAUGACAAUUACGGGGCUGACUUACGACUACGGCGACAGAAUGGUGAGAGGGUCACGCUGUCCACGUCGAGCUUCCCGUAUGAGACCGAGGAAGGCGAGUCGCGGCCUACGACCGGGGCGCAGAAUAAUGCGGCGGGAGAUGGUGGCGAUGAGACGGUCGUGGAUGAUCAGAGUGUCUUCUCGUGGCGCGACGGCGCGGAACACAACAACGACGAUGUGGCGCCGGUGCGGGAGGGCCAGAACUUGCUGAACCUGCUGUAUCAUAUCGCGGAGGACCAAGCGAGGAGGGAUGGGUAUAUCCACCGCGGGGUGACGUGUAACAGCUGUGGUGCUAUGCCGAUCCAGGGAAUUCGGUAUCGAUGUGCCAACUGUAUCGACUAUGACCUCUGUGAGACGUGUGAAGCCAUGCAGGUGCAUAUCAAGACCCAUAUGUUCUACAAGGUGCGCAUUCCCGCACCGUUCCUCGGCAGUCCCCGCCAGUCGCAGCCAGUCUGGUAUCCUGGAAAGCCGACGAUGAUGCCGCGCAGCUUGCCAAGGGCAUUGUUUAAGCGGUUGAUGAAGGAGACUGGAUUUGAGAAUACCGAGUUAGACGCGCUCUGGGAUCAGUUCCGGUGUCUGGCUAAUCACGAAUGGGAGGAUGAUCCGAACAAGGUGUACAUGGCCAUCGACCGGAAGACCUUUGAUCGGUGCUUUGUGCCAAACACCUCCAUUAGGCCUCCGCCCCCGAGUCUGAUCUACGAUCGUAUGUUUGCUUUCUACGACACCAACAAUGAUGGAUUGAUUGGGCUGGAGGAGUUUUUGAAGGGCAUUGCAAGUCUGAAUAACAAGAGUAACGACGAACGGCUUCACCGCGUCUUCAGAGGUUACGAUAUCGACAAUGAUGGUUACGUCGAGCGAAAAGAUUUCUUGCGAAUUUUCCGAGCUUACUACGCCCUCAGCAGGGAGCUCACCAGGGAUAUGGUCGCCGGCCUGGAAGAUGAUUUUUUGGAAGGGGGUGCUCGCGAUGUCGUCUUGGGGAGCCAGCCAAUUAGUUCAGCAUUUCCUGGCAGCAUUCCCAAUGGGGAUCCCUCACGGACUGGCGAAGGAAAGCGAGUCAAUCAUGAUGGCGAUCUCGAGAUUGUCGACAACGAGGGAGUGCUACGUCUCGAUGGGACGGAUACCGGUGACCGCUACUCAGUGAUUGGCGAUGCGGCAGUCCGAAGCUAUUAUGGGGUCACGCGACCGGUGUUGCCCACGGCGAGGCGUCACUCUAUCUCCGGUUCUGCUCAAGCUUCUGGAAGUCACGGAAGAAGAGAGCCAGGUGCCGAGGAAGCCGGGACUGAAGCCGAUGAUGCAUCGAGCUCGUCCGGAGCCAGCGACCGAUGGCCUCCCCCAGAGCACAUCCGUAACGAGGAUAUUGUCAGUGCUUUGGGAGCUUAUGUCCCUGUCCAUGAGAUCACUGAUCCUGUUGAUCGGGCCCGCAUCGGGACAGCCGUCUACAACCGCAUGUACGCUACCGAUCAGGUGCGUCUUCAUGUCACACGCCGAAUGGGCGUUCAUGACCGAUGGAGACGAAGGGGGUUCUACACAGACGAGGAAGACGGCGCCACCGCCCCUGUUGGCUAUCAAAGCGAUCUGGACGCGGCGAGCUCUGAUGAAGAGGAAGACAACGAGGUUGACGAAUCCCAGCCGGCCGCAUCGGAAUCACAUCCGCCGUCGCCUCGUUCUCGCUCCUCAUCCAAGGUUCGGUUCCAGGAUGACCUAACAGAUGACUAUGACGUGAGAUCAAACCCGUCGACUUCGUCGAGAAGCAUUCUUGUGAGCGAGCGGUGGGGCGGAUUUGAAGUGCCUGAAGUGGAAAGGGACGUUGGCAAGGAGAUCUUAUACCAGGUCACGCAACAAGGGUUCAACGAACUGCUGGAUAUCCUUUUCAAACCCAAGGAGGACCUGCUCAUGGAGGCCUACGAGACUCGUGCCGAGCGUAAAUUGUGGGCCCGCGAGAUUGAACUCACUGAACAAAUGGAGCAUGGUAAACAAGCUGCUCGAGAGAUUUCUACCGUCCAGCCCGAAUUUGAAGCUGAAGAGGAGGAAGGGGAGGAGGAAGAGGAGGAAGAUGAGGAAGAGGGAGCAGAGGCAGCGAUGCAGAGCAUGAUCCGCAACAGCUCCCUCGACGAACUCCUCCAACGGACAGGAUAUUCCGUCCAGGGCCUCGAGAACGUACAGGCCUUGGCCCCACCUACCCCCGACAUGCAUCUCUUCGAUGACAAUGUCGAGUCGCUCAUCGAUCCUACCGAGACAGAAGCCAUGGCCGCAGGACUAGCACCAUCAACGAAUCCGCCCUUGGAACCUCAGGGGAACGGGGAUUGGUACCCGCCUCCUCUCGCGAUCUCGCCCUCCUCGCCGUCUCUGUCUACCUCCUCCGUUGCCUCGGAACCUGCAGAAGACAGCAGCAGGCCUCCGUCCGCCGCAGCAUCCUACUACGAUCCCACCCUUCCGCACCAUCGUCCCAACGAAGAAGACCUCAUUCCGACCUCCACUACAAUCUCCUUCCACCAACAACUCACCAGCCGCAGCGCGUCCCCAUCGCCAUCUCUAUCCCCCACUCUUCUCCCCCGUCACCAAACCGACCUUCCCACCCAGCUCCGUCUCGACCCCAGCGGCUCCACCUCAUUCCCAGCCCCGACCUCCCAUUUCCACGCCUCCUCCCCCGAAGCCGAAGCCACCGCACCCAAACUCUCUCCUUCACCCAUUCAACCUCUGCCCCCGCCAUCCUCCACCCUCCCAAAACAACGGCCUGGUUCGACCCUGCCCCCAUCGCCGGUCACGCUUUCCCGCUGGGCGUAUUUGAAUAAGGUCGAGCGCGAAGCCAAGGAGCGCGGCGGCAGCGGGGCGAAACUGAAUUUCGAGGAGUUUGCGCAGCGCAUGGCAAUGGACCGGGGACGGACUCUGGCGUUCGUGGCGAGUUGGAUCGAGAUGGCUAGUUUUUAGUCGUUUACACUGCCUGCAGUUCGGCGCUACUUAGCUUUUCUUUCUAGGGUGGUGUAUCCUCCGUGUAACAUACAUACGUACUGCCAUUCGUCUGUAGCGGUGCGAUUGGCGGUAAUUUGAGGUCAGGAGAUCAGGAAUAGCCCUAUCCAGAUGUGUGUAUACGUUCUCUUCUGC